AUGGAUCACAACAAGAUUGAUACAGAGAUUCAAGAUUCAUACGAUGAUCAACAAGAAUGGGUUCUUGAUUCUUCUCUCGAUAGUAGAGGAGAGAUUCCGCGUCGGGCUAGAACCGGAGCUUGGAGAGCUGCACUCUUCAUCAUUGCAAUCGAAUUCAGCGAAAGGCUAAGUUACUUUGGAAUAGCUACGAGCUUAGUGGUCUACUUAACGACCAUUCUUCACCAAGACCUAAAGAUGGCUGUAAGAAAUGCAAACUACUGGUCUGGUGUUACUACUUUGAUGCCUCUCCUUGGAGGCUUCGUCGCCGAUGCUUAUCUCGGUCGUUAUGCAACCGUUCUACUUGCAACCAUCAUCUACCUUAUGGGUUUGAUUCUUUUAACACUGUCUUGGUUUAUACCGGGAUUGAAAGCUUGUCAUGAAGAAAUAUGCGUUGAGCCAAGAAAAGCCCACGAGAUAGCCUUCUUCAUUGCAAUCUACUUGAUCUCAAUAGGCACUGGAGGUCAUAAGCCAUCCCUUGAGAGCUUUGGAGCUGAUCAAUUUGAAGAUGGCCAUCCCAAAGAACGAAAAAUGAAAAUGUCUUACUUUAACUGGUGGAGCGCCGGUCUAUGCGCCGGUGUUUUAACCGCGGUGACUGUCAUCGUCUAUGUCGAAGACCGGAUUGGUUGGGGUGUGGCUGGUAUCAUACUCACUGUAGUCAUGGCUACAUCGCUUUUGAUCUUCCUUAUCGGCAAACCGUUUUACCGUUAUAGAGCACCUUCUGGUAGCCCGUUGACCCCGAUCUUGCAAGUUUUUGUCGCUGCAAUUGCCAAAAGACAUCUUCGUUGUCCCAAUGACUCUUCUCUUCUCCAUGAGUUGUCUAGAGAAGAGUAUACUAAAGGCAGGCUUCUGUCCAACACAAAAAAUCUUAAAUUUCUAGACAAAGCAGCGAUAAUUGAAGACCGAGGAAGCGAGAACGCUAUGGCCGAGAAGGAGAGUCCAUGGAGACUUGCAACGGUAACUAAAGUGGAAGAAGUGAAGCUACUCAUCAACAUGAUUCCAAUCUGGUUCUUUACAUUAGCCUUUGGCAUAUGCGCCACUCAAAGCACAACAUUCUUCAUCAAACAAGCCAUUAUCAUGGACCGACACAUCGGUCAAAGCUUCAUAGUUCCUCCUUCGUCCAUGUUCUCCCUAGUAGCUCUCUCCAUGAUCAUCUCCAUAACAGUCUACGAGAAAUUCCUCGUGCCUCUUUUGAGACGCGUCACGGGAAACGAAAGAGGUAUUAGCAUUCUACAAAGAGUCGGGACCGGUAUGGUAUUCUCCUUAAUCGCCAUGAUCACUGCUGCUCUAGUUGAGAAAAAAAGAUUGGAUUACACAAAGCAAAAUCACGUGGCCAUGAGUGCUAUAUGGUUAGCUCCUCAAUUCAUAGUUAUAGGCAUAGCGGACGCUUUUACCCUUGUGGGUCUUCAAGAGUAUUUCUACGACCAAGUCCCUGACUCCAUGAGAAGCUUAGGCAUAGCGUUUUACCUCAGUGUGAUUGGAGCGGCUAGCUUUGUCAACAAUCUUUUGAUGACGGUUACUGAUCGUAUAGCCGAGGAAAUCUCAGGGAAGAGCUGGUUAGGGAAAGACCUCAAUAGCAGCCGCUUAGACCGCUAUUACUGGACGCUAGCCGCUUUGACCGCUGCAAAUUUAUGCUUCUUUGUGAUUGUAGCUAAGAGAUACACUUACAAGAGUGUCCAGCCAAGUCUGGCUGUUGCUGACGGUGGUGAUGACGUCGAGAUAGCCUCUGUUCGUAAUACAUCCAAGUAUACGUAACAGUAACAUCGUAUGAUCACCAUUUUAUGUUUCCUUUGUUUGUUUCUUUUUGUUGUAAUUUUUGUUUUUAGUUGUUUUGUUGUACUUUUGAAAAGUGUAUCCGUACUCAUUUUUAUUUAGUGUGGCUUUAGAUCGAUAAACUAA